AUGAAUCAUCUAAGAGUUGAGGAGAGGCGACCGGCUCUGGCACCGGAGGCGACGCGGAUUAUUCCGCCCAAGAACUCUUUCAGGAUGGUGGAGAUGACGGCCUCAGUGCUGAGCGCAGAGCUCAACAACGCUCACAUGGAAAGGAAGACCCUUGAAGAAGCGCUGAUCGAGGAAAACGAGGAGGCAGAGGAAGCAAGUGGCAACGGUAAGCAGGGCGGGGGAAUCCUAACACCAACCCAGAAUAAGAGCGGGAGCUUGACUCGCUCUACCCCUGCAAUCAACAGAGCAGGACCCACCCGCGAGCGUGACAAGCAGAUCCUCGGUGGGAAACAGACUCCUCCCUUACCAAGCAUCCCCAGGAGUAUUUCUCGGCUGAGCCCAGUCAGGAGUCAUCCGGGGAGUGGGGUGAACGAAUUUCCAGAUUCCUCCCUCCCCGCGGGGCCAAGUCUGGAGACGAAGAGAGCAUGGAAAAUGCAGGCGCUGGAGAGGCUAGCGACAGCAGGGAAGAAAAAGCCAACUGCCGUCUUGGAGAGGAGCGACUCAGAUGUGAGCUCCUCCUCCGUAUUCUCCUUGGAGGAUUUGAAGAGGAGGAUAACUGAGAGGGCUAAGAUUGCAGUGGUGAUGGUACAGCGAAGGGCGAGGGAUAACUUUUCACUUCAGCGGCAAAUCCAUGAAAAGAGAAACUCUGUACCACCGGGACCUCCAGACGUAUACAGGGGGCGCAGGUCGCGUUCCCGGUCCCUAACCCCAAACAGGAGUGCUGGUGACCUCGUGUCACAGCGGCGCUCUUCGGGCUCCAGCGACCCCUUAUCACUGAAAACCGACCGGCAGCAUUCUGGGGAGCUGAUCGGCAGGCUUGACAGAUCAGUGUCAACUUCCAAGUCGGUAGGCAGUCUGGACUCAGCACUGCCGGAAAAAGUCACUGAGGACGGCGCUCAACCCCCGGCCAGUAUGCCUGCGGGCGUCGAACUGUACGAGAGGCGGCGAUCGGUUGCGGCUUCGCUGCUGGACGUCAACGGAAACCUGUCCUACGCCUCUCGCAAGUCCUUACGGAGGGGCUCCUACGACGGGCGACUUGUGGAGAAAACGCCAAGGCCAGCACGGGCUUCAGAUUCCUCCAAAGGAUCGCAGGCUUCAGCUGUUGCAGGAGAUGGUAAGAGACCAUCCUUAACGCCUGUAGCAGUGAGCAGGCAGCGGGGCUCCGCAGAGGUAGCUACGCUGGAUUCGGGGGAUGGUUUCGGGGCCCAACUUAGCCGAAGACGAAGGUCCCGUGCCCCGGCCUCACUGGCUGAAGAUGUUUCGCGUUUUGCCUCCAAACAAACAAACCCGAUCUCUUGUCUGAAGAGGUUUCGCCUGGUGGCCAAGGUGGUUGUUCUGUGCGUCUCUAUGUGCCGCAAAAGCUUCCUUCGAUCGGAGAAGGAAAAAGAAGCAUACAUGUCAUUCGAGUCGUCAUCGAGUUUCUUGGGCGGGCAGAGACUGAUGUUCGACCCGGCGUACUUCAAGGCUGACCGCCAGCAAAGACUGUCCGAGGAGACGAAGAGGAUACUGAAUCUCCGUCCGGAGGCCAGAACGGACGACCUAAUCAAAUAUGUGGAGAUAGCCCUGAGGAACAUCCGGGCUUUUGCGCAGUAUCCAAAACGCAUGCAGCACAUGCUGUGUCGAGUCGGAUGGCUGGAGGAAUAUGAAUCUAAAAGGGCAAUCCUCCGACAAGGUCACUUGCCCCACGCCUUCUACUUCAUACUGUCUGGAGAGGUCGUUGUGACGGUGUUGGACACGAAGAAGGGCAAACGAGUGGCAGAGACAGUGGCGAUGUUGAAACGUGGAGACAGUUUUGGGGAAUUGGCAAUUCUGAACAGAACUCGGCGAGCUUCUACCGUCAUAUCUCAGGACAGAGUGGAACUCCUCUGCAUAUCAGUUGAGGAUUUUGAGGACAUCUUCAUGCUGUCUGGAGGCAUCAAAAGGGUCAAUGAUCCUGACCAACAUGCUUUUUUGACGUCACUCGCUUGUCUCAAGCACUGGCCGCUUCAUCUGAUCGAGAAACACCCCAACGAGUGCCGCUUCCAUUUUUUCAAGGACGGAAAUGUGUUGAUAAAAGACAGCCUGUUUUCGGACUGGAUCUACAUCAUCAAAUCGGGGAGCUGCUCUGUGCUAAAAAAGUUGAAGAGGGUCUCGCCGUCCAUCCCCAGCCGGCUCAAGCGGAAACCCUCAGCCGUGGUUUGGGGCAAUAGCACCGGUCAUGAUGCACUACCGUCCACAGCAGCCUGCACUACCGAGUUCGUCAACUCUUCCCCCAGCAAAAAGAAACAGAGACGGCACCGGCGCAACCACACCUGGCCCGUGAUCACUAGGCGGCCCGGUGGCAUCAGGGACGGGCCCACACAAACGGCCGCUGACGACGCCGGGCUGAGGAGCCAACCCGCGGGCAGGGCGUCCCGGGGUAUGGCGGACGGGUUUGCCAGAAGAUCUCUACAGGGAAACUGCAAGAGAGGUGUGUAUUUGAAGACUUCUCGAGACGAAUCUGGGGUUGCAGCCUCACCAAACGCCGGAAACAAGUCGCACGGAACGGAACAGAAAUCAGACGAUAAAAAUUUAGAGGAAGAGAGUAGACCGUUCGUCCAACGGCGGAGGGAAUUCCAUUCUGAUCUUGACAACUCACGAACGCCGGUCGAAAGGACGGAGGCCGACAGUGACCCUAUGUUCGUCGUCGUCCAAGUUCUUACAAAAGGAGCAGUUUUUGGCCUGACCGGGGUUGUGUUCAGCGACCAGCCUAGCCUAAGCCUGGUCAGCAACGGAGCCGAAUGCAUCGUCAUCAACAAGAAAUUCUAUCUAGAGCACGCCACGGAGGAAACGCUCAGAGGACUGAGGAGAGAGGAGGUUCCAUACCCGAGCGAGGAAGAGUUGCAGAGCAAGCUACAGCAGUAUAUGAACUGGAACGCAUACCGGCAUCACACCUUCUACACGACGCUGUACGAGAGCCGAGACCACAAGACAGAGCGAGUGACAAUCAUGAAGCCAGUUUUGUUCCGGUAACUCGUGCUUCCAUCAGCCGCUUGAAGUUUGAAUAAGAACGUGAAAUCGGAAAAUGCUGGAUCAGCACGUCAGAGUUAUGAACCAGUGACACUUUUUGUGUUUAGUGUAAAUUGAAAGGUUUCCCUUUACAACACUAUUAUAGUCGCUACUGAAUCAGGUCGAAACUUGGCAAAAGAAAUUAGGGACGAUUCAAGUUCAAAAUUAAUACCAUAAUGCAUAUUUUGUUUAACAAAAUUAUGUAAGUCCAAGUUCCAUCAUAGCAGAGCUGUACAUAGGCCUACUUUGUUUUGGCUUAGUGAAAUUUUGAUGUUUAAUGUUUAAGUUCGUUUAUCUGUGUGAAAAUCUAUCUUUAAAUAUAAAGAGUAAAGUUUGCUGUUCAGUAGUAAUGGACUUUUAUGUUUGCAACUAGGUUCCCUCCCAUCUUUCCCAUUGGAAUUUCCAAACUAAGAUUUGCCUCUGCUUUGGAUGAAAAUGAAGUAAUUAUUGAGUAAAACUCCUUCAUUAUUA